ACUCCGAGCAGAGUAGAGGAAGGAGCUGAGAGCGGGGACAGCGGAGAGAGAGCGGAGUGUUACUGCUAGAUUGUAGAACACGGGGGUGUUUCUAACCGUGUGCGUUCUAUGGAAGAACGGUUUUAUGCACGAGCCUUGGACAGUUGGACCGUUUCGUUUAGAUUGUGGUUUUUUAUUUUUUGGGGGGUUGGGGUUUUGGACAAGUAAAUGUGCCGGAGGGAGAAAGUCAAAGGAAAGAUAAGGAAAUAUCUUGUCACUGGAUUUCGAGGCAACCGAAAAACUCACUACAGAUAUCAGCUCACGGAAAGCGUCAAUUCAGUGGGCUAAAACCGCUACGGACCUUCUGAAUUGAUACAGAUGUUUUAGUUUUAACAGUAUUUUGUCUAGUGCUUUAUUUAUUUGGAAUAGUGGAUCAUCUGGACGAUAUUUAUGUUGUGUUUUUGAGCUUGGGGUGGGUAGAAUGGUUUUGAAUCUAUUUCAUUAUUGAAUUGAAAUAACCUGGGCAAAAUAUUAAUAUUUUUAAGAGGAAAACAAGAUAACUGUGAAGUGGUGGGAAUCGAAGUCGCCGUUGUGGUGAACCGGGACCACAGAUAGACCCUUCUCAGUGGAGACGCUUGUUACGCGUGAGUGGAGAAAACAGUUUGGAAAGGCAAGAGGAGGACUUUUACUGCGAGUUCUUCACUCCAAGAUUGGAAGGGUAAAACUUCACCCAGCAAAAUGGAUAUAUUAACGUGGCUGUGUGGAUGUUUACUGGCGGUUUGCUUACCACAAAUAGUUACCGGUGAAGAAGCCGAACAAUGUGGCGGACAAGUUGAUGCCAGCGACGCCGGGUACAUCACCACCCCAGGGUACCCUCUUGAGUACCCCCCCCACCUGAACUGUCGUUGGCUCAUCACCGCCCCAGAACCCUCCCAACGUAUCAUCCUCAACUUCAACCCACACUUUGAACUGGAGAAGCUGGACUGCAGAUAUGACUACAUAGAGAUCCGUGAUGGUAACAGUGAGAACGCAGACCUGUUGGGUAAACACUGCAGCAACAUCGCCCCUCCAGCCAUCAUAUCCUCAGGCCCUGUCCUCCUCAUCAGGUUCGUCUCUGACUACGCUCACCAGGGAGCUGGCUUCUCACUGCGAUAUGAGAUCUUCAAGACUGGUUCAGACUGCUCCCGUAACUUCACCAGUCAGAAUGGUAUCAUUGAGUCUCCGGGGUUCCCUGAUAAAUACCCUCAUAACCUGGAGUGUUCCUUUAUCAUCAUCGUGCCCCCGGCAAUGGACUUGACCCUCAACUUCCUGACCUUUGACCUGGAGAACGACCCCCUGCCUGGGGGAGAGGGAGACUGCAAGUACGACUGGCUGGAGGUCUGGGACGGUCUGCCACAAGUGGGGCCUCUGAUUGGACGUUACUGUGGGACUAAGAUCCCCCCUGAGAUGACGUCAUCUACAGGUAUCCUGUCUCUGUCCUUCCAUACGGACAUGGCUGUGGCCAAAGAUGGCUUCUCCGCUCACUACAACAUGACACACAAAGAAGUCAGCGACACCUUCCACUGCAGUAAUGCGUUAGGCCUGGAGUCAGGGAAGAUCUCUGACGACCAGAUAACUGCCUCCUCAUCCUUCUACGACAACACCUGGUUGCCACGGCAAGCCCGUCUUAACAACAAUAACAACGCAUGGACCCCAAACGAGGAUGGCAGCAAAGAGUUCAUCCAGGUGGAUCUCCAUGUCCUGAAGGUGUUGACAGGCAUCUCUACCCAGGGAGCGGUGUCCAAGGAGACCCAGAAGUCCUACUACGUUACCACCUUUAAGCUGGAGGUCAGCACCAACGGAGAGGACUGGAUGGUCUACCGAUAUGGGAAGAACCACAAGGUGUUCCAUGCCAACACAGACUCUACCGAGGUGGUUCUGAACCGGAUCCCCCAGCCUGUUCUGGCCCGCUUCGUACGCAUCAGACCCCAGACCUGGAAGACAGGCAUCGCCCUGCGCUUCGAACUCUACGGCUGUCAGAUCACUGACGCUCCGUGUUCUGAGAUGCAGGGGAUGCUGUCCGGCCUUCUGCCUGACUCCCAGAUCACAGCGUCCUCCACGAGGGAUAUCCACGGCUCCAUGGGGACAGCCAGACUGGUAGCCAGCAGGUCAGGAUGGUCCCCCAGCCCAACGCAGCCUCUGGCCGGGGAGGAGUGGCUCCAGGUGGACUUGGGGGUCCCCAAGACAGUGCGAGGCGUCAUCACCCAGGGAGUGAGGACGGUGGAGGGGAGCACCUCAGCUGAGAAUAGGGCCUUCGUCAGGAAGUACCGCCUGUCUCACAGCCUGACGGGGAAGGACUGGACCUUUAUACUGGACAGCAAGACCAACCACCCUAAGAUCUUCGAGGGAAACACGCACUACGACACUCCAGAGAUCCGGCGGUUUGAGGAGAUACCGGCUCAGUUCAUCAGGAUCUACCCAGAGAGGUGGUCUCCUGCUGGGAUAGGGAUGAGGCUGGAGGUCCUGGGGUGUGAACUGCCAGAAACCACUACUCUACCUGACACUGCCACACCCACCCUGCCACGUUUAGAGGAUACCACCGCUGCCCAAAGAGGAGCAGGCACUACAGCGUGGUCUCUCGGUGGUCUAUGUGACUUUGAGUCCAGUCUAUGUGGCUGGAUCCCAGACGGCGUGUCAGAGCUGAGCUGGUCUCUCCACAGCGGCAGCCUCUCUUCUGGUCUAACUCCCAGCCUGGACCUCUCCCUCUCUCUGCCCAAAGACGACGUGGGUAACUUCCUCCACAUCGAGGCCAGCCCCAGGACAGAGAGGCAGCGAGCCCGUCUGCUGAGCCCCGCGGUGGGGCCUGAGAGGGGACCGCUGUGCCUGCUCUUCAACUACCAGCUCCAGGGGCCUGAGAACCAGGGCCAGGGGUCCCUCAGGAUCCUCCUCAUAGACAAAGACCAGGAGGAGACUCUGCUCUGGGCCCUCAGAGGAGACCAGGGGCCUGUGUGGAAGGAGGGCCGCACCAUCCUGCCCCAGUCACCCAAAGAGUACCAGGUGGUGAUUGAGGGUUUCUUUGAGCACGGAAACAGAGGACACAUCUGGAUAGACAACAUCCACAUGAGCUCCAGUACUGAGCUGGAACAGUGCACACAACCCUUUGCUGCAUUCCCUCCAGACAUGAUUGGGGGAGCUCUUCCUGGUGCCAGUGGGCCAACAGUAGACACAGAGGUGUCAGUGAAGCCCAUCCCCCCCUACUGGUAUUAUGUAAUGGCCGGCGGGGGGGGUCUGUUGCUCCUGGCAUCAGUCACUCUGGUGAUAGUGCUGUGUUGCCACCGCUACCAACUAGCAGCAAAGAAGAACAGCCAGCACUCAGUGUCCUACCAGAGUACCCACUACCACAGCUCUCACUACGGCCCCGGGCCUAACCACAACCACUACCCCGGGCCUGGAGGGGUUAUGUCAGCCCACUACCCCAACGGAGGGCCUCUUUCUGGGCUGGGGCUGGCAGGACCCACCGCCCCUCCAGUGGAGCCCAUGCUGUCUAUCAGGCUGGAGAAAGAGGACGAGCAUCGGAGCUCCCAGUGCUGACGGUGUUUGACACGGAGACAGACAGACAGACAGACAGAGAGACAGACAGACAGAGAGAUGGGUUCAACAGACCCACUGAGAGAGACAAUACUGUGACUGGGUGUAACUUGGGCAGCAGCAGACUUUAAGACUUUACCAACCAGACACACACCUGCCCUCGCAUAUCUACAGACACCCUCACAAAUGUAAAGGAACGGUCUGGUCUGACUGGUAUCUGUGCCUCUGAAAACAUGUUGAGAGUUAACAAGAGGCACCAGAGUUCCUUCUGGUCUGUGGCGGGUUAAAUACAGGAAGUGGGGGGUUAAAGACAGGAAGUGGAGGGUUAUGGUUGGAUUCUCUUUGGACUCUCUUAGCGAAUUUGCUGAUGCUGUGGCUUAAAUACAGGAAGUGGAGAGUUUGCUGUGAUGAUGUGCUUCCUGUUUCACUGAAGCUUGUUAACGUCCAAAUUCUGGGAAGGAUGGGACUCUGAAUCUAAGCUGCGUCCCAAAUGGCACCCUAUUCCCUACAUAGUGCACUACUUUUGACCAGGGCCCUGGAUGGAAAAGUAGUGCACGAUGUACGGAAUAGUGUGCCAUUUGGUACUGGCCCUGAGCCUUUCAGUGGGGAGUUAAUCCUGUGCUUGUGACAAAUUCAAUUGUACAGUCAAGACGAGAGGACGCUCUUACAGUGGUGCCGAGAGAGAGCUGUUUGCACGGGUAGUGAACCUCUGACAGCUACAACAGGAGGUUCUCACAUUAUGACAGACCGACAGAGAGAUGAGGAGAGAAGAGGAGAGGAGAGGAGAGGAGAGGAGAGAGAGAGAGAGAGAGA